AUGGGACGGGCGCUUGGACUGCUGGAGGGAGCGGAAGUCUCCGUGUCAGCUAUCACAAGCGUCCAGCCGGCCAAGUCCGCGACCGUCGUGGCGGCUACGCAGGACGACAUGCAAGUCGCGGCAUCCUCGAAGGAUCAGCUACAGGAAACGCUGCUGAAGCAGGUCGGAGUCGUGUACGUCGGGCUGGAGUUCCCCGUGCGCGUCAACAGACAGACCAUGGUCCUGCGCGUCACGGAAACCUCCCCCGCGAGCACCCCCGUCCUGCUCCAGAACGGCUCGAGCGUCGAGUGCCUGUGCGCGGCCCCGCCCCAGCCAGCAGCGCCGCAGCAGAGCAGCGCACCGGCAUCAGCCAACAACACGCUGGCGAGGAUCCUGCGGGCGCGGCUCAUGCCCAGCGACGCGCCCGCGACGCCAAGCACCGCGCCCGUCAACGUCCGCGUCGGCAACGGCAGCGAGCGGUCGUUCCUGCCCGUCGCGUCCGCCCUCGCGUUCGCUACCCCGGCCGUCGUCAGGGACCUCCGCGGUGGCGGCGCGGGCGACGACGACGCUCAGGGCGCGCCCCUCCCUUGCACGCUGUCCACGGGCAAGGGCAAGUGCUGCGUCGCGCUCGCGAGGGCGCCGCCGCAGUCGGCCCACGUGCCGGCAGAGGGGGAGGUGUGGCUGCCCGACCCCACGGCGCGGGCGCUGCAGGCCGAGGACGGCGGCGAGGUGAGGGUCCAGGUCUGCGCGGAGGCCGUUGGCGAGGCGCCGCUGGGGGAGGAGGAGGCGUCGAUCUCCGCGACGUGCGCGCAGGGGCUCGGGCCAGACAUGACGCAGGUGGGGGUGUCGUCCCUGCUGGCCGCGUGGUGCGCGGCGCACCGCGAAGCCGGGGGCGGAGACGCAGUGCCCGUCGGGCCCGGCACCGUCAUCGCGUUCACGGCACAGGGGGCUCGGGGGAGUGGCCCUGACUCGAGUGCACAGGGCGGGUGUUUCGCCAUGACGGUGCAGCACGUCGUCCGGGACGACGAGGAGGGCUCGCGCUACCUCUGGCUGGACGAAAGCGCCGCGGCAUCGCAGCAGGUCCGGCUGACGUGGCGGGAGGGGGCGUCGCCGGAGGGGGAGUCUCAGCAGGCGCGGGUCAGGAAGGCCAGGGUCUCCGUGCUGCCGGCCGCGAAGACGCUCGUGUACGACCUGGCGGACGAGCUCCACCGGCUCGCGACGUGGACGGUCAAGCGCCCCGAGGCGGUCAUCGCGGGCUGCUGUCCCCCGGGGGUGUUAUUGGAAGGCCCCGCGCACAGCGGGAAGACCACGCUCCUGCACGCCCUCGCGCAGCUGCUCCCCAAGUACGACACGCCGGUCCACCUGCGCGUGCACGACUGCGCGGACCUCGUCGGGAAGCCCCUGAACGAGAUGGUGGACUACAUGGCAACGGGGCUGAAGCAGGCGCGCGCCUCGGUGCCGUGCGUGUUCGCGCUGGACAACGCCGACGCCCUCUGCGGCGCCGGCGAGGGGUCCGCACUGACCGGGGCGGUCACGAUGGUGCUGGAGAUGAUGGACGAGGUCGCCGCGACGCGUGCGCACGCGCCCGUGGCCAUGCUGGCGACGGUGCGGGACACCGCGGCGCUGCACCCGGCGCUCGUAGCGCCCGGGCGCUUCGGGCGGCACUGGCGGCUUCCGGGGCCCGCGGAGGGCCAGCGGGCCGAGAUCCUGCACCUGCAGAUGGGCCGAAAGCUGCUCGACAUGGACGCUGACGACGUGGCGGGGGCGCUGUGGCCCGGCGCGCUCGACGGGUACGACGCGAACGACCUGCACGUGCUUGCGGACCGCGUGGCGCUCCAGGCCGCCGCGCGCAGGCUGCGCGCGAAGCGGGACGGCGGGUCGGGCGCAGCGGGCGCGCACGGCGCCGGCGUGCGUCAGCCCGCGACCAAGGACGACCUGGUGCGCGCGCGCCAGGGCCACGCGCCGUCGUCGCACUUCGGCGCAUCGGCGGACGACCGCGCGCUCGCGCCCGACGCCACCUGGGACGACAUCGGCGGCAUGAGCGAGGCGAAGGCAGCGCUGCACGAGGUGCUCACUUUACCGAAGACCGCCCCGGCGCUGCUCGCCUCCGCGCCGCUGCGACUGCGCACGGGGCUGCUGCUGUACGGCCCGCCUGGCUGCGGCAAGACCCACGCGGUGCGCUGCGCGGUCGCGGCGGCGGGGAUGCGCAUGGUGACGGUGAAGGGUCCGGAGCUGCUGAACAAGUACAUCGGCGCGAGCGAGGCCGCGGUGCGGGGCGUGUUCGCGCGCGCGCAGGCUGCCGCGCCGUGCGCGCUGUUCUUCGACGAGAUCGACGCCCUGGCGCCCCAGCGCGGCCACGACAACACAGGGGUGACCGACCGCGUGGUCAACCAGAUGCUCACGGAGCUGGACGGCGUGCAGGGCCUGGCCGGGGUCGUCGUGCUCGCGGCGUCGUCGCGGCCGGACCUGAUCGACGCGGCGCUGCUGCGGCCCGGGCGCCUGGACCGGUUGGUGGCCUGCGGGCUCCCGGACGCGGUGGAGCGAGCGGAGAUCCUCCAGGCGUGUCUGCGGGGCUGCCCGACGUUGGACCUGGGGCCGGACGUGCUGCGUGCGGUCGCGGCGGCCACGGAGGGGUUCACGGGCGCGGACAUCGAGGGCGUCGCGUCGGCGGCGCGGGAGGCGGCGGCGGUGCAGGCGGAGGAGGCGGGGCGGGCGGGAGGGGAGGGCGGGGACGCGGCGGGGGCGGUGACGCGGCAGCACCUGGACGCGGCGCUGCACGACGCGCGGCCGUCGCUGCCGGCGCGCGAGCGGGCGCUGGCGGCGGAGCGCAUGCGGCAGUUCGUCGAGGCGCGCACUGCGGGCGCGGGGACGGACCGGAGCGCGAUGGCGCGGGUAAUUGGGACGCGGGCUACCCUAGCUUAG